AUGUCAGAAGGAGGAUCAUCAGCUUCCAGACCACAGCUGGCCACAGAAAGCAAAACCACAGCCUGGAUUCAUCUCUCCGCCUCUGGCGCCCCGCCCCCACGGCUCCGCCCCCCCUUGCCCCGCCCUCCACUGCUGGACCUGCGCGCGUGGAAUUUUGGCGCCUGCGCGUGGGACGGAGGGAAGAAAGAUGGCAGCUCGGAGCUUCCCCGCGGGCGCGUGGGCCGAGGCGCCUUCACCAAUGUGUACAAGUCCGUGGAGGCUAGGUUCCUGCUGCUGGAGGCGCUGGAGGCAGCAGCGGCUGAACUGACAGGAUGCGAGGAGGACGAGGAUCCCCGUGGGAGAGGGCUUCAGUGUUCUGGAGAGGCAGCGGCAAAGGAGAGCCCGGGAAAGAAGGCGUGCAGUCCGCAGGAGAGGAGGCGGUGUCCGCAGACUUGGCGAACAUGGAUACCAGAACGCCGAGUGGAAAUAUGCCUUGAAGUAGGAUCAGGGUCUGGAGUGGUAUCUGCAUUCCUAGCCUCUAUGACAGGUCCUCAAGCGUUGUACAUGUGCUCUGAUAUCAACCCUGAAGCAUCAGCUUGCACUCUGGAGACAGCACACUCUAACAAAGUCCACAUUCAGCCAGUAAUUACAGACUUGUUAACAGGCCUAUUAAAAUGACAAACAGAAAUGCUUUUAGAAACCUGGAUAAAAUGGAAGUUGUAAGGCUGUGUGUAUAUAGCCCAGUGAUGUGUCCAGUGCUGAGAUGGUAAGACUGAGUGUUAAAUAAUUGAAUCACAUGAUGUAAAAGCUCUUUCCUCUCUAAUCCUCCUUCAGCCAUUUUGAUUACAUCUGGGAGAAGGUCUCAGUUUUAACACCUUUUAAACACUUGCAAAUGUCUCUUUUUUCCCUCUCUCUUAAAGAUUUUAUUUAUUUACAUAUUUAUGAGGUUACUCAUUAGCACAGUAGGUAGUGAAUCAGUCUCAUGUUUACAUACUUAUGUAUUUAUUUAUUACAUAUUUGAAAGACAGACAGAGAGAGAGCAUAAGCAGGGCAGAAGGAGGAGACGGACAAGCAGUCUCCAUGCUGAGAAGCCUCCCUCCCCCCACAGUGGGCAGGUGGGUGUGGGAGUGCUUCAUGUGGGGCUCCAUGUGGGGCUCCAUGUGGGACUCCAUGAGGGACUCAAUCCUAGGACUCUGGGAUCAUGACCUGUG